AUGGCGACUAAUCAAUCUGGCAAGCGCCCGGCCCCUGUUGAUAGCAACGACGAUCUCUCAUGGCUUCUUGAACCCCGGGCAAAGCGCCCAGCUGGUCCGACCAACGAAGAUGCAGUGAGCGACCAAGAACUCACCCGUUACGACUCUGUCCUCGCAGCUCUCGACACCCUCAUUGCCCUGUACAAGAGCAACAUACCUCAUGACUCUGAGCUUGCUCGCCGACUGUCCGAAUUUAUCCUGGUCGAUCUCGACCUCGGCGAGGUCUGCGAUCAUCACAUCAAGGUUCAUCUGAGACAUGCACUCGGCUAUGAUAACGAAGACGGCAAGAACGAGACGGGCCGGAACUUCGUUUUAAGAGUCUUGGACGAGGGUCUCAGGCAGGCAAGUAGCGGCAGCGAAGUGUCGGCGAAAGACAGUCCUGAAACGGUACCGGACCAAUCUGUGACCGCUUAG